CUAAAACUAUGAAUUGAUUGAGGCAAUCUAACACCAUUAACGAACGAAAAGACGCUUAGGCAAUUUCUUUACUCACAAUAAGUGAUCAGUUUGUGAGAAGUAGUCGCUUGGCCCAGUUCUUUGAUAUUAAGAGUACCUAGAAUAUCUACACACAAAUCCACAAAAAUGAAUGGGAAGGAUGAGAACGACUAUGAUGAAAGGACAUCGGCAGCUGUGGAAGAAUACUCCGAUGAAUCGGAGCAUGAAAGCAAGCGAACCAUAAGCUUUUUCAAACUCUAUCGUUUCUCAACGGUUUUUGAAAAUCUUCUAUUAUUUAUUGGAUUAGUUAUGUCCAUUAUAAAAGCACUUACGCUCCCAGCCGUGGUCAUAGUUUAUAGUGAAUUUACCGCAAUGUUGGUUGAUCGUACAUUGGCAAUCGGUACCAGUUCCAAAACGUAUGCACUACCCAUUUUCGGUGGUGGUAAAAUGCUAACAAAUUCAACAAACGAGGAGAAUAUGUCGGAGUUGUACAAUGACUCAAUAUCGUAUGGCAUUCUUUUGGCAUUAACAUCUAUAAUUAUGUUGAUAUCGGGUAUUUUAUCAGUGGACAUUUUUAAUUUUGUGGCUUUGAGACAAGUAACGCGCAUGCGAAAAAUAUUAUUCGAAACCGUUAUUCGACAAGACAUUGCGUGGCAUGAUAUGGCGACUAAACAAAACUUUACACAGCAAAUAAUUGAUGACGUAGAGAAGGUCAGGGACGGGAUGUCCGAGAAAGUUGCUCACUUCUUAUACCUCAUAUUUGGAUUUAUUAUAACAGUAUGCAUAUCGUUUGGUUAUGGUUGGAAGCUCACAUUGGCCGUCAGUGUAUAUAUACCAAUCGUUAUUAUAUUGAACUAUUUUGUUGGGAAGUAUCAAAGUAAGCUAACCAAACGAGAACAGGAAUCGUAUGCCGGAGCCGGAAACAUUGUGGAGGAAGUGCUUACGGCUAUACGAACUGUCGUUGCAUUCGGCGCAGAAAAAAAGGAAUCCGAACGUUAUGACAACUAUCUGAUUCCAGCUCGAAAAGCCAGUCAAAGCAAGGGUGCAUUCUCGGGAUUUAGUGACGGUGUUUUGAAAUCAAUGCUGUUCCUUUCUUGCGCUGGCGCAUUCUGGUAUGGCGUUAAUUUAAUUCUUCAAAAUAGAAAUGUGGAAGAUAAGGAGUAUACACCAGCAAUUUUGAUGAUAGCAUUUUUCGGGAUUAUCGUUGGGGCUGACAAUAUUGCGAGAACUGCACCAUUUUUAGAAUCCUUUUCUACAGCACGCGGUUCAGCUACGAAUAUUUUCAAAGUCAUCGAUACGAAAUCAAAAAUAGACCCAUUAUCCAGCGAUGGCAAACUACUUAACUAUGGAUUGCGAGGAGAGAUUGAAUUUAAAGAUUUAUUCUUUCGUUAUCCAUCUCGCCCUGAUGUUAUAGUACAUCGUGGGCUGAAUUUCAAAGUUAACGGAGGUCAGACUGUAGCUCUCGUUGGAUCCUCCGGUUGCGGAAAAUCUACCUGUAUUCAACUUUUGCAACGCUUCUAUGAUCCAAUUUUUGGUUCAGUCACUUUAGAUGGUUUGGACAUUAGAAAAUACAAUAUCCAUUGGUUGAGAUCUAAUAUGGCGGUGGUUGGUCAAGAGCCAGUACUAUUUCAAGGGACUAUAGCGGAAAAUAUUAGUUAUGGAAAAGCAAACGCUACUCAACGAGAGAUAGAGGCUUCAGCCAAAGCAGCGGGGGUACAUGAUUUUAUAUGCAGUUUGCCUGAGAGUUACCUCACUGUUAUUGGUGAAAAGGGAUCUCAACUUUCCGGUGGACAAAAGCAGCGUAUAGCUAUUGCCCGAGCUCUUAUACAGGAUCCAAAAAUAUUAUUGUUGGACGAAGCAACAUCUGCCUUAGAUUAUCAUUCGGAAAAAGAUAUCCAACAAGCAUUAGACUUGGUUAGCAAAGGUCGUACAACCAUUGUUGUAUCUCAUCGUUUAUCAGCUAUACGCGGAGCGGAUAAAAUAGUAUUCUUGCAUGAAGGCAAAGUAUUCGAAGAGGGUUCACACGAAGAUCUCAUAGCAUUAAAGGGAAUGUAUUACAAUAUGGUACGCGCAGGUGAUAUUAAUGUAGCGGAAGUUACUGAAGACAAUGCAAUGGAAGAGAAGAAAAUUAAUCUGAACUCAUUCGAGAAGUCUUUUGAAACUGAUUUAAUAAAUUUGGAUAAAAAUCACAUUUCAUAUGAGCACCCAGUGUUGCAUGCAAAUCAUAAGGAGAACAUACCAGAAGAUGAUGCUUCCGGAGGAAAUUUCUUUGUAACAUUUAGACGCAUUUUGAAGAUUGCACGCCCGGAAUGGUGUAUGCUUCUAUUUGGUGCCGUAUGCGCAAUUGCCUUUGGCUUCACUUAUCCGGCAUUUUCAGUCAUCUUUGGAGAAUUUUACGCCGCUUUAGCACAACCUGAUGAGGAAGUUGCUUUGCAUCGCACUUCGAUUCUAUCAAUUUACUGCUUAAUAUUAGGCGUUUUAACUGGCAUUGGUUGUUUUCUACAAACAUAUUUAUUCAAUUAUGCGGGUGUCUGGUUGACAACAAGAAUGCGUUCAAUGACAUUUUUGGCAAUAAUGCGACAAGAAGCGGCUUGGUUCGACCAAGAGACAAAUUCGGUGGGCUCACUUUCGGCGAGAUUAACUGGGGAUGCCUCUGGUGUACAAGGCGCCAUUGGCUACCCGCUAAGCGGUUUACUGCAAGCGUUUUCCAAUUUCGUUAUAGCAUUAACGUUGUCACUUUAUUAUUCAUGGAAACUGGCUUUGGUGUGUGUUUGCGCUUGCCCCGUUAUAGUCGGAUCCAUCAUAUUUGAAUCGAAAUUCAUGAGUGCUUCUCUGAUACACGAAAAAACAGCAUUGGAAGAAGCGUCCCGCAUUGCAACAGAAGCCAUCUCGAAUAUUCGCACAAUCGCGGGUUUGCGGCGCGAAGCUCAGACUAUCGAACGUUAUAAUUUGGAAAUUGACAAAGUUAGGUCAAUGAUCGGACAAAAAUUAAAAUAUCGUGGGUUGAUCAAUGCAUCAGGGCAAGCCUUUGUAUUUUUUGCAUAUGCAGCAGCCUUAUGCUAUGGAGGGGUUCUAGUGUCUGAAGGAAAGGUUCCAUUCCAGGAUAUAAUCAAAGUUUCGGAAACACUUUUAUAUGGAUCCAUGAUGUUGGCUCAGUCAUUAGCCUUCGCUCCGGCCUUUACUGCAGCUUUAGUAGCGGCACAUCGACUAUUCCAAAUUUUAGAUCGUACACCUAAAAUUGUAUCUCCUCCAGGAAGAGAGAACACGACUACAGAGAAGGUGCCGAAAUUGUUCGAAGGCGUACGAUUUUCUAAUAUUGAAUUUAAAUAUCCAACACGUUCGAAUGUGAAAAUUUUGAACGGUCUAAAUUUGGAAGUGCAAAAGGGAAAGACUGUGGCUCUGGUUGGACGUUCCGGUUGUGGAAAAUCUACGUGUAUACAAUUGUUAAUGCGUUUAUAUGAUCCAGAUAGUGGCACUAUUAAAUUGAACGACAACGACAUUCACAAAGAUGUAUCAAUAGAGGUUUUGAGAAAAAUGUUGGGGCUCGUCUCACAGGAACCGUCUCUCUUUGAGCGCACAAUUGCUGAAAACAUCGGAUAUGGUGAUAACUCGCGCAAAGUGACAAUGGAUGAGAUAAUAUCUGCCGCGAAGUGCGCAAAUGCACAUUCGUUCAUUGUGUCUCUACCAAAUGGAUAUGACACUCGUCUGGGUGCGCGGGGUACUCAACUAUCAGGAGGUCAAAAGCAACGCAUUGCAAUAGCUCGCGCUUUAGUGCGUAACCCCAAAAUCUUGCUUUUAGAUGAAGCAACGUCUGCUUUAGACUUACAGAGCGAACAACUAGUGCAACAGGCUCUAGAUGUGGCAUGUACCGGACGCACCUGUAUAGUUAUAGCACAUCGCCUAUCAACUGUUCAAAAUGCUGAUGUAAUUUGUGUUUUGAAAAACGGAAAAAUCGUAGAAAUUGGCAACCAUCAGCAACUAAUUGCACUCAAUGGAAUCUAUUCGAAGCUUCACAAAAUGCAGAGCCAUGAAAAAUAAGUAUUAGUGUAUUAAAUUGGGCGAUAUUGUGCGUAGGAUCUAUGUAAUGCUUUUAUGUUUAGUAAGUAUAAAGAUACAAAUUGUAAUACACGUAUUUUGGUGCUACAAAAAUAGUUUACUUUUACAUAUGUAUGUAACAACAAAAUAAAACAAAAAAAUAUGAUUUGCUAAUUUUGACAA